AUGCCCGUACCAAUCGAUUCCAAGUCGCAGGUCACUUUGGCAAAAUACUUCUUCAUCACCCGACACUGCUUCACGAACCUUCACAUCCGCAAACUCCAUCCAUCCAAACAAAAAGAUGCCCGGCUCUUGAUACCCCUGUCGUACUGGGAGGACAUCAUCGACAGGGAAGCUCACGGAGACGUUUGGGAAGCCUAUACCCACACCGCGGUGUUGUAUCUGAGCGGCAUGCCGACGCCGCUCAGCGGAAAUCCCGACGUCUUCACCGCUUUCGCUGAGGGCCGUUCGCGCGUCAACGCGAUCCUCGCCGGGUUCUCCAGCCAGUUUCUGCAGAGACGGUUGGGCCCUGUGCCCCAGUCGCUUGGCAGCGUCGCGGAUCAAGCCCUCUCCCUCGCCGCCUACUGCCACCUUUGCGUUUGUCGGGGCGACUUCGGUCUCGCGGGACCUCACGGACAACCAUCGAAGGGCGCUCAAAUGCAGGAGCGUGUCUACAGGCGCGCAAACCGCGGCGCCUUGCGCGAUCUGCGCGGGGCGGUCGAGUGCGCAGACGCCCUGCUCAACCGCGGCUUUCUGAGCCCGGUGGUCCUCGAGGUGGGACAGGCCCUCUCGGACUUCUUGCGCCUUGAUGGCGAAAGAUGCCUCUGCGAUGCCGGGCUGGAGGAGUGCAAGUGCGCACCUCUACUGGCGCUUACCAAGAUGUGGUGGGUCUCGGAGGGUGCUCGGCUACUCGACAGGGAAGAGAUCAAGCGAUUGCGACUGCGGGCGUACGACGUUGCCGUCAAGGUGCGCGUCGAGCGCGACCGAGCGCGCCAAGCGGAAGCGAUGGCGGAAGACGAGACUGCAACGCCAUCCUCCUACUAG